AGCGGGGACCGCCCGCCGCCGCCGCGGAGCUGCCGCGCAGAGCGGGCGCGCUGCCCUCCUCGCUGGAUGCUGCGGCGGCCGCCCGGGAGCAGCCGCGCUCCGCUCCCGGUCCCCCACUGCCGGUGCCGACCAGGGGCCGAGCUCGCCGGGAGCAGCAGCGCUCGGUCUCCGCUGCCGGGACCAGCGCGGCGCGGAGAUGGUGCCGCUGGUGCGGAGCGCCGGGGGCUCCCACCAGUGGCUGGCGAUCGCUUUCCUCGGCCUUUGCUCGUUCCUUCCUCCUGGGAGACUCGCUGCGCCGGGCGGAGACUUCCCCGGGGCUGCCGUGGACAAUCUGGUGGUCAGGAAAGGGGACACGGCGGUGCUUAGCAGUUUGGGAGCUCUGCAGAGUGAGCAGCGCUGGACUGUGGCAGGGAGAGGACGAUUACACCCUGCCAGAAGCAUUAACAUUGGCUAGUGUUGUAACUUGGAAGAGGCAGUGCAGGAUCACUGUGGGAGCAAACACUUUUAGAAGAGCAUGCAGCAGCCAGGCAGAGCCUGUUAUCCCAAGUCUCCCACUGCCCAGUGUCUCAGCUCCUCUGGGAGUGUUCUUCACUGGAUAUUUGUAUCAUAAACUAAUUUCAAUAUUCAGUAAAAUAAUUACUAUUAGUAUCCUAA